AUGGGGCUAGAGUAUGAUUCUCUAAUGGAGCUGAUCGAGAAGAUAGAGAAGGCUGGCGCAUUGGUCGUUAAAGUUAAUUUCCCAAGUGCUGAAGAAAUAAUAUCACCAGGCGGCUGGGACUGGGAGUUCGGAGAUGGCAAGAUGGGAUCUAGGCUCUCGGAAUUUGAAGUUGUGAGGACAGAAUUCUACCGCAGUCUGCGAUCAUAUCUCAGCGGACUCGAGGAAAAUGAGGCCAAAAUCUAUUCGCUAGAAGAUGUGGUUACUUAUAAUGUCCAGCAUACUACUCGGGAGGGAGGAAUCCCUGGAACACAACCAGCAUGGCCUACUGGUCAGGAUAACUUUGACAAAUGUCUCGAGUCGAAGGACUGGCCGGAGGACAUAUAUCUCAAAGCUCUUGAAUACAUAAGGCGAAAAUCGAGAGAUGAAGGCAUUGAUGCAGCACUACGACUUGAAGGGGAUAACUUAGAUGGUCUACUCGUGCCUCUGCAAUCUGAUGGAGGCGCUGCUUGCUCAGUCGCAGCUAAAGCUGGAUACCCAGUAAUCACCGUUCCAGUCGGUAUUAACAAUAUUGGAGUACCGUUUGGAAUCGGUAUCAUUCAAACCGCAUUCAAAGAGCAUUUGUUGGUGAGAUAUGGCUCGGCUAUCGAAGACCUUAUUGGACGUCGAAUGGUGCCGCGCUUUUUGAAUCUUGAAGCAGACAACUACCCAUAUGUCGGUACACCGCCAGAAAAGGCGUCAUUGCUGUAG